AUGAGCAUCAAAUUCUCGCUUGUUUUCCUUUUUUUUCUCAUUUUCGCCGAAACGCUUGGUCAAUCCAGUGAAAAUGACUUCGUUGCUUUGAGAGUUUAUCGGAUUCCGCAAAAACGUUUCCUCGAUCAACCACUCCGUGUCCGCGCACGUCGGUACUCGUACGAUCGAAACUGCUUUUUCUCGCCGGUUCAGUGCAAUUUGUUAUGGCACAAGCAACUCCGUCAGUUCUCCGAUGAGCAAGAG